AUGGCAAAAGAUAUCGACCCAUACAUAUUCAAAAUUCUACUUGAGAUGUUUAGAUAAGAGAAAAUUACAGAUUGUCUAGGGUUUCUUUCAAAAGAUGAAAAUUAAACUCAUUUUGAAAAAUACAUUAUAAAAGUUAAAAAAUUUGAAGGGAAAUAUGAAUUAAGCUCCAUAAAAAAUAAUAUUUUAUCCCUAACUAAGAUUAUGGGAUAAAUUUAAGAACAUGAUUUUAAUAAUGAGGAUUAUUCAAAAAGUUAUAUGAAAAUAUUUCGGAAUGAGUUAAUUAGUCAAAUCCUAAAAGUAGAAAAGAUAAUCAAAUUCUUAAAAUUUCUAGUAAACCUUACAAGUAUAGACGAAAAAUUUAUAAAAUGUGGAUCAAUUUCACUUAAUCUCUUAGUUGAAAUGAACGUGGAUUUAACAAAAAAAUGUUUUUAAAAUAUCAAGAUUAUUAAUACAUCCUUGGUUGGAGCGAAUUUUUUCAGAUGUAAUUUGAGUGGUUCUAAAUUUAAAAAUGUUGAUAUAUGUGGAGUGAAUUUAAAUGGAGCUUAAUUGUUUAAUUGUAAAUGGAAAAACAUAAAAAUAGAUGAAAUAAAUCAAUUAUAAGGUCAUAGUUAACGCGUAAAUUCAGUUUGCUUUUCUCCUGUUGGAAAUUCAAUAGCUUCUUGCAGUGAUGAUAGUUCUGUUCGUUUGUGGGAUGCCAAAACAGGAAAAUUAAAAUCUGUGUUAUUUUAUCAUGGUAUAAUAAGCUCAGUUUGCUUUUAGCCCAAAGGCACUGUAUUGGCAUCUUGCUGUUGUAAAUCUGUCUAUUUAUUGAAUAUUAAAACAGGGAAAAAAAUAUCAAAACUUGAAGGUCAUACUGAUUCAGUGAAAUCAGUUUGCUUUUCUCCUAAUGGAGACUCAAUAGCAUCAGGAAGUGAAGAUUAAACAAUACGUAUUUGGGAGAAUAAAAGGAGAAUACUUUAAUCAACUUUAAAAGGUCAUAAUAGCUAUGUGAAUACAUUAUGCUUUUCUGAUGAUAGUAUUACAAUAGCAUCUGGUAGUAUGGAUAAAACUAUCCGUUUAUGGAAUUGCCAAACCGGACAACAAUAAUCACAAAUAAAAGGUCUUACUGAGUAGGUAACUUCAAUAUGUUUUUCUCCUAAUGGGACGACAUUAGCAUCUGCUAGUUGGGAUAAGACUAUCCGAUUAUGGGAUGUUAAAACAGGACAACUGAAAUCUUAGUUAAAUGGCCAUUAAAAUGGUGUGAAUUCUGUCUGCUUUUCUCCUGAUGGUACUAGAUUAGUGUCUGGUAGCAAUGAUAACACUAUUCGUUUAUGGGAUACAAAUAAAGGAAAACAAAUAACAUAAUUAAACAGUCAUAAAGAUUGUGUAAAUUCAGUCUACUUUUCUCCUGAUGGUAAUAGAUUAAUCUCUGGCAGUGAUGAUAAAACUAUCAAUUUAUGGGAUGUUAAAAUAGGAGAAUUAAAAUCUUAAUAAAAUGGCCAUAGUGAUAAAGUUUGGUCAGUAUGCUUUUCUCCAAAUGGUACUACAUUAGCAUCUUGUAGUGAUGAUAAAUCUAUUUGCUUUUGGGAUGGUAAAACAGGAUAAUAAAAUUUUUAAUUAGAUCAUCAUCUCGAUAGAGUUUAGUCACUAUGUUUUUCUCAUGAUGGUAAUACCUUAGCUUCUGGUAGUGUGGAUAAAACUAUCCGUUUAUGGGAUUUUAAAACAGGAAUAUAAAUGUUUUAGUUAAAAGGUCAUGAUAAUUGGGUUUAGUCAGUAAGUUUUUCUUCUGAUGAUACUACAUUAGCAUCUGGUAGUCGUGAUUAAUCUAUUCGGUUAUGGGAUGUUAAAAAAGGACUACAAAUUUCUUAAUUAAUUGGUCAUACCAGUUGGGUUCAGUCAGUAUGCUUUUCUCCUUCUGGUACUAUAUUAGCAUCAGGGAGUCGUGAUGAAACUAUCCGGUUAUGGGAUGUUAAAACAGGACAUCAAAAAUCUUAAUUAAUUGGUCAUACUAGUUGGGUUCAGUCAGUAUGCUUUUCUCCUAAUGGUACUAUAUUAGCAUCAGGGAGUCGUGAUGAAACUAUCCGGUUAUGGGAUGUUAAGACUGGGCUACAAAAAACUUAAUUAAAUGGUCACACCAGUUGGGUUCAAUCGGUAUGCUUUUCUCCUAAUGGUACUAUAUUAGCCUCUGGUAGUUACGAUAAAACUAUAUGCUUGUGGGAUGUUAAAACAGGUAAUCAAAAAUCUUAGUUAAUUGGGCAUCAAAAUUGGGUUUUAUCAGUAAGCUUUUCUCCUGAUGAUACUACAUUAGCUUCUGGCAGUUCAGAUAACUCCAUCCGUUUAUGGGAUUUGAAAACAGGAUAUUAGAUUAAAGCUCAUAAUUAACUGUUACCUAAGUUUUAGAUGCCUCUUUAAAUCAGUUCUUUAUUAUCGUUUAAUGAAUAAGGUAUUAUUUUACCUGUUAUUUAGCUGUUCCAAUUACUAGAAAGCUCAUAUCAUAGUAUCCUGUAUUUUAGGCUGCAGGAACGUUAAUUUAUAAAGGAGAAUAUAAGAAUUAUAAUAAUACAAAUUUAAAAAAUUUAUUGUAAUCCAAAGGAAGCUAUAAUUUGGAAAACAAAACAGAAUUAUCAUGA